AUAUAUGACGGUGCAGAAUUUGAGCAGUGGUGUAGCCGUGUCAGUCCAAGGAUAUUCACAGUGGGUGAGAUAUCUUUUACUGGAUCAGCUUCUGCUGGGGAGAGAAACAAGCUUUCGAGCCUGUCUAUUCCAAGUUCUGCUGCUGGGGCAGCUCCUGCCACAGCGUCCUGGGAGUUUAGUCCAGUCUCUGCCGAGGGGAGAGGAUCUGGCGCUGGGAUCUCUGAAAUUGAUUGCUGCCUCUGGACUGGACCCAAUUGCAGCUAGAGAGGAACUGGUCAGAGCCCAGUGCCCACACCCCAGCGUUCAUCUGUCUUGGUGAGAGAGGAGAGGUGACAAAAGGCGUGGAUCCCAUGGCUUUAGAGCAGUCGCUCAGUGGAAGACAAGGUGACUUGCUUCACCUUGGACACAGGAAACCAGUUAAGUGGAAAGUCCCCCUGAUUGUCGGUGUUGUACUCGCAGUCGUUGUUGUGAUUGUUGCUGUUCCCAUGAUACUUUUGUCCGUGAAAUCUCCACCCGAAUCCAAGCUGGCUCAUGUCUCCACCCCAACCCAGCUAAAUGCAAAACGCCCUACUGUCUGCUGCCCGGAUGGCUGGGUCGGGUUUCGAGGGAAAUGCUAUUAUUUCUCUGAUACCGAGGGGAUCUGGGACUCCAGCCAGAGCCUCUGCUCUUCACUCAAUGCCUCCCUGGCUGAGAUCGACACCCAGAAAGACCUGAACUUCAUUAUGCGAUACAAAGGCCCCUCUGAGUACUGGAUUGGCCUGAAGCGAGUAUCGGCGCAGCUCUGGCAAUGGGUGCAUGGCGAACAGUUCAACAACCUGAAGAGUUCGAGUGGAAUGAGUGAUGCAGGAAGGGGGCGAUCCUGAGGGGUUUCACUGGAUGGGCCCGUCCGAUGGGGCACAUGCCCGGCCCCUGCCAGACUCUAAUCACCGGGGCGUCUCUAUCGCAGGUUUAAGGUAAGAGGAGAAGGCGACUGCGCGUACCUGAGCGACGGCUUUGCCACUUCGUCGUGGUGCUCCACGAAGCGCUACUGGAUCUGCAGUAAACCCAACGGGAUGCAAAGGGAGGACGCGAUGCCGGGGGACUGAAGGGCGAAGCCUGGGGAAACGUCUCCAGACCCAGCUGCCUGACACUCCAAACAUCGCUCAAGAAGAUCCUCGAUAGAGCUUGACAGUUGUUUUUUUUCAAUAAGCCUCUCUUCUAAUUUUCUCUGUGUUUUGGCCCCUGUAUAAUCCUCUCCUUCCUGGUUGUGUACUAAGACCUGGUCUACACUUAAAGCUUAAAACUCACUCCUGAAUGCUGUAGUUAGGCCGACGUAACCCCCAGUGAAGACGCAGCUAAGUUGCCCUCGCUACCGUCACUUGGGAAGGCAGAGUUCUUACAGUGACGGAAAACCCUCUUCUCCCGUGGUAGGAGGUGUCUAUGCUCUGGGGCUAUGGCAGCGUAGUCUGCCGCCAUGUCCCCAUACCGUAGAUACGGAUAAAACCCCUUCCCAGCUUCCACUGCUGCUGUCUGUCAGGGGGUGUCUACACCUCAAUGAGGGUACGUGGGGGUUACGCUAGCCAGCCAGGUCUUUACCCAGGGUUCCAGCCUGCGCGGCUGCGGCAUCAUUACUCCAGUGCUAGCUAGAUUAAACUUAGCUUGUGUACGUUACAUUAACUGCAGCCAGACCCUGUGCUUGCAAUGUAGACGUACCCGCAGCUCUGCUGGGCCGGCUGGGCGGGGAGGCAGCACAAUUGAAACAAUCUUAAAUAGCAACAGGGUAAGAAAAUCCACAGCAAGCAGAGAUGUGAAACGCAACAUCCUCCCAAGGGAAGGAAGCUGCGGCAAGACACAAGCAGCCGGGCUGUGGGUUUUCUUCGGCGGUUGCAGAGCCAGGCUCCAUUCGCUCAUGCUGUCUCCCGACACCGAGCAACAAAGUUGUAAGUUAAGGCUAAAUGGCACCGGGAUCUGAACUCACCAAAGGGCCCUUUGUUGAUGCUCAUUCAGAGCUGCCUCCUGCAUAGGGUCGACUGGGGUGUGUUGUCUCCCAGAUCAAAACGUAGUUGUUCCAUCUUUGAUGGAGAGUCUCCGUUGUGGAACCAAGAAGAUAAUUAAGGAGGGCCAGAAAUGAGAGGCAGGUUCAAAUGGAAAUCGAAAUGUCUGUAUGUUUGAGAGUGUUAGGGCCUUGCUGGGCUUAUUGAGACUGGAAAGGGAAGGCCAGGCGUGCGUGCCAGAAGUUGAUAACUAGCUGGGAGAGCUAGGAGAACAGGCAUGGAGGCGGCUGCGGAGAUGCCGAGGAGCGGCGUUUGCCCUUGUGAGAAGGCAGCCGGCUGUGUACUCCGUAGUAGCAAUGCGUCACCAGUGCAUUCCAGCGAUAGGAACUUGCCUACAAACUCCUAGGCAGAGCAAACGCCUUUUACUUUAAUUUAGGCCUCUUUACGAGUGGCAGGCAGAGAAGCUGAGGUCUGUAGAACCCUUUCGCUUGCGCUUGACUCUCCCCGUGAGCAAAACAAACCGCAAAAUCCGAUUCAGGGUAAGCGGGUGGGUUUCCUGACUUUGCUAAAGAAACUCUGAACUUUCUAGUGCAGACUCAGCCUAAGCGCUGCCGCGGGAGCACUCCCGCAGUGCUUUGAUGGGCGAGUCUGGGUAUUUUGUAGCUGCACCAUCUGUUCAGACCAUGGGAGGCUGAAUCUAAAUAAUUGAAAUGUGGAAAGUCUCACAACUCGUGCCAUGGAGUUUUCACCUCUUUAACGAUUUGCUGUUCACUCCUUUUGUUUUAUAAAGUUUGAUACGACUUAGUCAUUCCUAUAAGCUAACUGUAAAAGAAAAAAGCACCUUAUUUUUCCUUCUGUUGUAAUUUGCUCAUAGUCAUUGCUCAUAAAGUUUGAGGCUGGGGGGUACCUCUUGUUUUGUUUAAUCUGUCUCCCCUCCUUCUCACUUAGAGACAAUGGAGUAUUUUCUAACGAAAAGUUUGUCAGAAAAUAGGUCUUCGUUGAACAUGAAUGGAUGAAACUUCAUUUUCAGUGAGUUCAUCUUUUUCGUUUUCUGAAGUUGUUUUUUUUUUUUUCUUUUAAUUUAUUAUCAAAACCAUUUCAGGGGGAAGCCCAACUUUUCCAGAAUUUUGUAAAUGUCUUGAACUGUGGAGUUUUUUUUCAUUCUUCUCUCCACUUUCUGGCUGCCUUCCAACUUUUGCCAGGCGGAAACGAGUAAGAGCGUUUCCGAAAGUAAUGCUUUGUGUUCAAUUAACCUUUCAAAGUGAAGGUGUUCCUUAAAAAAACUACAGGAGUAUUUGUGGCACCUUAGAGACUAUUGCUCAAAUAAAUUGGUUAGUCUCUAAGGUGCCACAAGGACUCCUGUUCUUUUUGCGAAUACAGACUAACACGGCUGCUACUCUACCUUAAAAAAACUACCCCCUUCACAGACCCAUACAAACCCUUUCUCACUCGCUGUCUCCAAAGUGGAAGAAAUUGGGAAUGAAUAAAAACAUGUAAAUGGGGAAAGAAGUUUUUGCACUUAAAUUGUUCCAUUAGGAUGUUUGAAAGGGGAUAUUUUUUUUCUUGUGAAAACUUUAGUAAGGCAAAAUGCUGCUUUUCCAGCUCUAGUCUUUAUUAUGUAUUGGUUUAUUUUUAUUUUUUCCCCUGACCCAGUGCCAUCUGCUGGGCUGGAGAAGAUGCUGCAAUGUUGUCUAGGUUUAUUUCAGAGCCCCCUGAUCUGCUGUGUAGAGACCAGGGCUGGGAGGAUCAAGGUGGAUUUGAGCCUAGCUGGGUGGCUCUUCCAGGCGAUCCCAGUAUGGAAAUAUCCACUGCAAGCAUUAAAAUAGGGGGGAAGCUAAUAUACCAAUCAGCGAUACAAACUCAAUACAGUGAUUAUUGUACAGAUUUAAUGUGCCUAGCUCUGUGACUACUUGCACUUGUAAUUAAAAUAAUUAUUCAACAUUCA